AGAGCGACAGCCGUGGUCGCCAGGGCCACAUUGGUAGCCAGCCGUGUCUCUUCCCCUCCCUCUUCCCCGAACACCUACCAACCCCUCUCCCUCCACCCCAUGAUGACAACUUGGCGCUGGUGGAGGUGGUUCCCAGACAACUCGGCGCUAGUGGAGGUGGUUCCCAGUCCCUAUAUCGCCGGUGAGCUCAGAGCAACAGCCGUGGCCGGCGCAGUCACUGUGCCGCCCAUAACCAUCGUCGACAUCCCACAGGCUGGUAACCCUCCGGCUGCUGCGUCUUCUGUUACACUGCCUGGUAACCCUACCGCUGCUGCGUUUGGUCGGCCUGGUAACGCUGCUGCUGCUUCUGCUCCCAGCACCAGUGCCGGUGCGCCAGCUGGCGUGCUCUCAUUGGCUGUCGCAGUCACCAGUCCUCUCAACGCCUUUCCACCCUUCGAGCGCAACCUCGAGAUCGUUUUCUGCCCGGCUGGGCAGUAUUACAAAACUGCAGACAAUGGUACCAGCAGUAGGAGUAGCAGCAGCACCACGAGCAGCAGUGACCCCACCAACCCCCUGUGCCUCCCACAACAUCCCCUGGAAGCCCAAUGCUCUGUGCCACGUGCCCCAUAGGCAGCUAUUGCGGGCCCGGUAGGGGCGCCCAGCACUGCCCAGAUGGCACCUUCUCCUUCCGCCAAGGUGCCACCUCCCCCAGUGACUGCCUGCCCUGCCCCAACACCACCAACGCCAGAACGAGCCUCCCCACCAUGACCUGCUCCGACGGGGUUGCUGACGUGGCGGAGGGUAUUGGCUGGACCCGGGGAGUGUGGGGAAGGGGCGGUGGUGGUGUAUGCGUGUGACGUGCUCGAUGGGUGCCCUGGGUUCCAAUACCCUCCAAAAUACCCUCAAGUGCUGAAUUCUGCCCUCCAAUACUCCUCUCCUGAAGCCGCAGCAUCCGCCCUACAAGGCGGUGGUGAUGCGCUGUGUGGGGAGGGGGAGGGGGAGGGGGGGCAGUGCAUUGGGGAGUACGGGCAGUGUGGGCCGGGGUACGCUCAAGUGCGGCUGUGCUCCGAGUGCAGCAGCGGCUUCUAUGCUUCGCUCAAGGAGUGCCGCCAGUGCACCUCCACUCUAACCAAUGUGAGCUCUGCGCCACAUGGCCUUCAACGUUUGCUCACCAGACUCCAGC